ACAAGUUGGAUUCAAUAAUUAUUUUGUGCCUGUAUCAGAGAAGAACCUCUAAAAUAAGAUUAAAAAUUGAACAGACUUUCUACUCAAAUGGAAAUUCCCAAAUCUAAACCUAUAACACUUAUCUCCAUUCAAAAUCAAACAGAAGGCUGGCUUAAUAAAACCACUACUCAAGAAAUAGAUUAUUUUGAUCAAAUCUAACAUGAUAACGAUUCAGAUGAAGGACAAAAAAUUUAUAAUAGAUAACUCUCUUAUCUGGAAAAAAAUUAGCUUAUGUAGAAAACUAGUUUUUCAGACGUAAUCAAAUUUUUCUCUAUCUCAGGAAUUUAAUUCCAAUAAUAUAGAAAUGAAGUUAUUGCAUCGUUGUGGAGGCUUGUUAGCUAGGCAAAGCAAUGUUUUAAUAGAAAUGCAAUCCUAUCAAUGGAUUAUGAAAAUCUUUUAAGAUGUUUAUUUGACCAUCUAAGACAGGCAAUUUGAAUCCAAAUUUAAAGCUUCAAUGCUCAACCCUUCUAUUGUUGAUUUAAUCAAUAAUAGAAUUAAAUCCAAUUCUAUUUUAUUAGCUCAUGAUCCCACUGGUUCAAUUUUACUUAAGUUAGCUAGCCAUAAUCGCACUAUCUACUACUUAUAAACUGAUAAAACUUAUAUUGACUUAAUAGAUAGAGGAAUCUGUAAGAUGAAUGUAAAUGUUUCAAAAGUUUUAAAAAUGGAUCUAGAAAAUAAAAUCGAUAUAGUUGUUGUAAAUCUUUAUUUUAUUGAUUCUAAACAUAACCUUAGAAAUAUUAUGCAUGAAUAUCUUUAAUAUGCUCAUGAUAUGAUCAUCAUUAUGCACCCUAAGAUUGAAAAUUCUCUUAUUUACUCCUAAGUAGAAUAGGCAAUUUCAUUAUCAGAAUAGUCUAAAUAAACUUGUAGCAUAGAAUUAUAAAAUCUUGUUGAAAACAAUAAUUGUAUAGCUAAAAUUCUUUAUUUUGGUGGCGUUAGUGAAGUAUAUUAUUUAAAAAAUAUUUUAGAUUACAUUGAAUGAUGAACUUAAUUUUGUUUAUUCUUGUUUAGAUUCAUCAGUAAAGAGAUAGUACAAUUAUAAAUUGAUGUUUAAAGACCUUAGAAACUAAAUAGGAAUGACAAAAUUAAUAAAAUAACUUAAUGAAUUUUAAAUUAUAGCAGGGAUUGGAUAAUUUAUAGAGUUUUCAAGUUAACUUAAUGGAUCUUUGGAUAAAUAUCGACUAAUUAAUAGUUAGUCUCAAGAUUUUGAAGAUAAAGAUGAUGAUGAGAAACAGAAAUUAAUUGAAAAUAUGUCAUCAUCCACUGAAUCAGAACCUGAAGAAAAUCAAAAUUAAGAAAGACUUGACUUUAGAAGUGAAACUUUAAAUUAAUCAUCAAACUCAUUUUAUCAACCUAAUAUUGUACGUCAUGCAAAUUCAUAACGAUUUGAUUUAUGA